GAUUUAUAACUUGCAUUGCAACUCUUGGGUGAGUUUUUCUUACUGGACGCGCCUGACAAGAUGGAGCCGCCGACCUCCUCCAGGCUGAAUUCCCGAAAGAGAAGGAAAGAUGGAUCUGGCCCCAAUGGGGCGACAGAGCCUGAUGGAAUCCCUCCAAAAAUGUCCCGACGAUCAUUUGGGCUGAGGGAACCAGCUCCGUUUUCAGAUGAAGUGGAAAUCGAUUACAGCAAGCCAUACAUCAGAGUAACAUAUGAAGAGGCGAUGAGAGGGACCCCUUUGGAUCGCCCUGUCCGAGUUUAUGCUGAUGGAAUAUUUGACUUGUUUCACUCUGGACAUGCCCGGGCCUUGAUGCAAGCGAAGAACCUCUUCCCAAACACAUACCUCAUUGUGGGAGUCUGCAGUGAUGAGCUGACCCAUAACUUCAAGGGCUUCACGGUAAUGAAUGAAAACGAGCGGUACGACGCUGUGCAGCAUUGCCGCUACGUGGACGAAGUGGUGAGAAACGCACCGUGGACACUCACACCAGAGUUCCUGGCAGAGCACAGGAUCGAUUUUGUUGCACAUGAUGACAUCCCCUAUUCUUCUGCUGGCAGCGAUGACGUUUAUAAGCAUAUAAAAGAAGCAGGCAUGUUUGCACCAACUCAGAGGACGGAGGGGAUCUCGACAUCAGAUAUCAUCACCCGGAUUGUGCGGGACUAUGAUGUUUAUGCCAGAAGAAACCUGCAAAGGGGCUACACAGCUAAAGAGCUCAAUGUCAGCUUCAUAAAUGAGAAGAAAUAUCACCUCCAGGAACGUGUGGAUAAGGUGAAAAAGAGGGUGAAGGAUGUAGAGGAGAAGUCAAAGGAGUUUGUCCAGAAAGUAGAAGAAAAGAGUAUCGAUCUCAUUCAGAAGUGGGAAGAGAAGUCCCGGGAGUUCAUCGGCAAUUUCCUGGAGAUGUUUGGCCCAGAAGGCGCGUUGAAACACAUGCUGAAAGAGGGCAAGGGCCGGAUGCUGCAGGCCAUCAGCCCAAAGCAGAGUCCCAGCAGCAGCCCCACGCACGACCGUUCCCCAUCUCCCUCGUUCCGCUGGCCUUUCUCAACCAAGACUCCUCCUUCCUCACCGGCCAACCGUGCCAGGAACGAGUCCGCGGUCACCUACGACAUCAGUGAGGAUGAAGAGGAUUAAGCUGCCAGCCGGGGUUUGCUGCGAGUCGCUGACCGGCCAAGUCGCAAGUCCAGACCCCCCGGGGAACUCUGAAUGAGCAAGAGAGCCAUAGGAACAGGGCUGACGUUGGGCACGGGGUCCUGAAGGCACCCGGCGCAAUUAGCAAGGGCUGCUGCCUGGAAGCACAUUCAAAUAUCUUCUCCUCUUCCCUUCUCCCUCAUUCCCUUUUUAUUGUUUACGUUCUAAUGGUUUCCAGGGGAAAGACGGUUUUUAUAUUUUAAGAAAAUACUCUUUUUAAACACAAAGAAUAGCACUCAAGUGUGGCUCUUAUUUUGUUUUCUUUUCCCCUGUUAAACCUUCAGGUGAGAGGGAGAGCGGGAUGCUAUGCCCAGACCCCUCUGUCCCUCCUUUCCUUCAGCUCCUUUGUCCUAUUGCCUCAUAUGCCCAGGCAGUGUCUGUGCUGCUGCCAAAC